GCUGCUGGAGUCGCUCGCCGGCGGCAAGGCGGAGGUGGCCGCGAGCGGCAAGGUCGGCAUAGCGUUGCCCGCCGCGGGCGGAGGCGGCGCCGACUGGGCCGACCUGUGCCUGCGGGCGAUGUGCGCGUGCCGCGCCGGGACGGACUUGGACAUCUGGCCCCUCGAGAUGGUGGAGGACGGGCGCACCGUGCUCGACCUGCCCGAGGACGGCCUGAAGGGCUACAUCCUGGGCAAGAGCGGCGGCCGUGUGCUCCAGAUGUGCGAGGAGGUCGGCGUUGUCGCCGCUUUUGUCAACGAGACGACGAGGCCGGAGCCCAAGCCGGUUGAGCCGGAGGUGGACCUGUCCCUGGGCUCCAUAACCGUGGGCGACCUGGUGGAGGCGAAGUUCGGGGGGAAGCCCCGGCCUUUCGAGGCGAAGGUCCUCAAGGUCUCGGAGGACAAGGUUACCCUCAAGUGGACUUACGACGACGACGUGCCCGAGGAGGAGCUGCCCAAGGCCGACCUCAUCAGGAAGCUGCCGCCGCCGCCGAAGGCGAAGAGCCUCGAGCUCGCCGUGGGCGACCUCGUCGAGGCCAAGUUCGGCGGCAAGGGGGAGCGCCUCUUCGAGGCCAAGGUCGUGAAGGUCUCCGGCUCGAAGGUGACCCUCAAGUGGACGUACGACGACGACGUCCCCGAGGAGGAGGUCGACAGGGACGCCGUCGUCGCGAAGGUCGCCCCCCCGAAGGCGGAGAAGCCCAGGGCGCAGGCCCCAGAGGUGCCACAGGUGGGUGACCUCGUGGAUGCGAAGUUUGGCAACAAAGACCGGUGGUUCGAGGCCAAGGUCCUCAGCGUCGGCGACAAGGUUGCGAAGCUCAAGUGGACGUACGACCCCGACGUGCCAGAGGAAGAGGUGGAACUGAGCAAUAUCAAGUGCAGGCCGCCCAUAGCCACGUGCAAGUUCCACAUCUACGGCCCGGUCCGCGGCCGAAUGGAGCUCGAGCUCAAAGUCUUGAGGCUGGUAGAGGCCAAGGUGGAGGGCUUCGUCUCCAACAAGCCGCGCGCCACCGACAAGACCGAGGGCCUCGGCUGGAGCGUGGUGCCGCUCGUGAAUGACGGGGAGCUGAAAGGGAAGGUGACAGGCAAGGGUGGCAGCGUCCGUCUGAAGCUCAGCAAAGCGUCGGGCGCCGCGGUGGAGUACAUCGGGAAUGCCGCAUGGCUGGUCGGGACCGGACCUCAGCGUGCCGUGGCGACGGCACUGCUGGACCUGCUGCAGAACUCGCCGCUGGGCGCCAUAGAGAAGGUCCCGGAGGUGCUGCAGGACCUGUGCACGUCGGUGGCCGUCCCGGCGGACGCCUCCCCGGUGGUGACGGGCAGAGGGCGCGCCACGAUGAACAGCUUGGAGGAUGAGGCUGGGGUUUUGUCCUUCUGGGCGCCCGGGAAGAAGGUCGAGGCGCCAGAGCCGGCCAAGCUGGAAGUCGUAAAGGACGGGAAGCUCGAGGGCCUCUUCAAGCAUCCCAAGCGUGGCGAUGAGUGGUACGAGUGCAAGGUGCUCGAGGUGCUGGAAGACGGCAAGAAGGUGAAGGUCCAGUGGGACUACGACCCAGACGAGAAGACGGAGGUCGAUGUGGCCACAGAGUGCCGGGCGAUCCUGUCGGGGAAGGCCUUGGAGGAGAGGGCCGCCAGGGAGGCCCUGGCCGAGAACAAGACGCUUGUCGUCUUCGGCCCAGAGCGGUCUCGCGCCAUGGUUGCCCUGAGAGUGAAGGCGACUGUGGAGUCCAAGAUCGCGGGCGCCUUCCCCAUCGCGGAGGUGGCGUCGCCGUCCUCCGCAGAUAUCGAGACAUUCGGCGUCGUUGCCGUCGAGGUCUCUCCGGACGAGCUGUCGAGGUGUGGGAGCGACAGGAGAGAGCUGCCGCCGGCAGGGCUGCCGGGUGCAUCUGCGAGCAGGUCGGUCAGGCCUUGUUCGUGGCGGGCUCGAGCGCGGAGCGGGGCAGGUGCACCGACUACGUUAAGUGGCUGGCCAUGGAGAAGCCCAGUGUGCCGGCGGGCCGCGCAGACGUCAGCGAGUUGA